CUUUUUCUCUCUAUUUUCUUAAACCCUAAUUUACAUAAUCUUGUUUAGAAAAGAAAAUGGAGAGUGAAAACACAGGAACGGGUGGUUCUGGUAAUGGCAGUGCGGGAGCAAAUAAUCAAGUGAACUCAAGAUGGAACCCUACAAAAGAGCAGAUAGAUAUGCUUGAGAAUAUGUAUAGUCAAGGAAUAAGAACACCAAGUGCUGAUCAGAUUCAACAAAUAACAUCAAAACUCAAAGAUUAUGGUCAUAUUGAAGGCAAAAAUGUGUUUUAUUGGUUUCAAAAUCAUAAAGCAAGGCAAAGGCAGAAACAAAAACAAGAAAAUAUUGCUUAUAUCAAUCGUUAUCUUCAUAAAGCUCAUCAUCAACCUGCAGUUUUUGCUCCUCCAAAUGUUGUUUGUGGGUCAUACUAUAUUCCACAAAGCAAUUUAGGGUUUUAUCCACAGUAUCCAAAGGUGAUACUCCCUAGUAGCUGCAAGAGAAGACAAAGAAGUAGCUGUGGUCAAGAGUAUAACAAUGUGAUGAUUCAGGCUAAGGCUAAGGCUAAUGAUCAGAAGAAUAUAAUUACUCAAGAAACUUUGCCUCUUUUUCCUUUGAACCCUACUGGUUUUUUACAAGGAAGAGAAAAUACUACCAGUUCUUCUGAUAAUGCAAUUAGUUCUGCUACUCCUUCAAGUUGUUCUUCUGAUGAGACUACCACUGGUAUUUUUGAAAAUGUGGCAAAGCCCUACUUUGAUUUUUUCUCUGGGCAAGGUGAUGAUCAAAUUCCUUUUUCAGAGUGACAAGAUGUGCACUAACAUGGUGGUAAUUUGUUUUUCUCGUUUUAAGUUUUUGGGGAGAUGUUAUUGGUUGUAAUUGAAUGUCAGGUAGUUAACUUUAGUCAAAUCUUUAUGUGAGAGAUACUUCAA